AUGAUUCUGUUCAAAGGAAGGAAGUCAUUCAAACAGUAUAUGCCCAUGAAGCCUAUCAAAUGUGGGUUCAAAGUAUGGGUGCUUGCUGAUGCUACAACUGGCUUUAUUAACCAGUUCGAAGUCUACACGGGCAAAGAGGGCGAUGGCGGUGGGCUCGGCUACAGGGUAAUCCAGAAAUUCACUGAGGAACUUGUCGGGACGGAGUGUCUGGUAGUGUUCGACAACUUUUUUAGUUCACCCGAACUCAUGCAGGACCUGUUUGACCACGGGAUAUAUGCCGUGGGAACUGUCCGUGCACAAAGAAAAGGUCUUCCUGAUGUUGUGAAGAACAAAAAGAAAAUCAAUGAAGGCGACCACAACUACAAGGUGAAGGGAAAUGUUGCUGCGAUCCAGUGGCAAGACAAGCGGCUAGCCAACGUAGUAACAACAGACCACGAUCCUUCAGAGACGGUAACAGUGGAAAAGAAAAAUAAGGACGGGUCAAAGAGAAGCAUCAAGUGUCCACUAGCAAUUGUGCAGUACACGAAGCACAUGCGGGGAGUAGACCGCUUUGAUCAGCUGCGAGAGUAUCACACCGUUACUCAUAUGCCCUACUCGCAAAUAACACCUUCAUAA